AUGACAAUGAUGAUGCCUCUGCCGUCGGUGUGGUGGUGUCAGCGGCAUUGGAGUGGUAGGACAAUAAGCGGACCAGCCGCAAGUCUUAUCGUCCGUAGGCUAUCUACAGCGUUUCCGACAGCCACGGGCUUCUCCCAAAACAAUCGCGAUUUCCGGAACGCGGACGCCAUGAUUAACGUGCAGAGCGAAUCGGAAGGCACAAGAGCCAUUGCUAUCACUGCUGCUGCCACUACUCCCAUCACCGCCACCACUACUAUCAACAGUAGUGGCAGCGAUAGUAGUAGCCUACCAGCGACAACCCCUCGCUGCCUUCCUCUUCCUCUGGAUCUCUCCAAGCCAGAGGGUGGAGAGAGACACAACACGUGUAGCCCCUGCGUCAGUAUCAGACCAACGGAAAUGACGCCGUUGGCUAUAUUUCCAACUCACUUCCGGUGGGAUGGCACGUAUAGAGGCAUCCCUACACCAGCUGAGCUGGGCAAAAUCAUCGCACACCGAUCACUCACCCUGCCCGAAUUGACGCGACUUGCAAAGGCGCUGUUUCCUAUGCCUCCAUUCGAUUCACUUACACUUUCACCUCCUUGUCCCAAACGCAUUCAUUUGCCCAUCAGAAUGCGCCGGAUUUGUGGAAAAGAACCGGAGCUAUUAGUUGCCAAUUCUCUCUCCUCCCCUUCUUUUCCGUCGAAGAGGAGUGGAGAGCGUUUUCACUGUCAGUAUUGUGGCAAAAUGUUCCCCCGUUCAGCCAAUUUGACUCGGCACAUUCGCACUCACACAGGAGAGCAGCCUUACAAGUGUGCCUUCUGUCCGAGGUGCUUUAAUAUGGAGAGGGGAGAAGGAGAUGGGGAAAGGCAGAAGGAGGUUUCUUCACUCGCCUCUGGCGUGUCACAUCAGAGGCUGCGCUCGCGGUUGCAGGAAUAUGACGGGGUGGGUAGGUCGGUGGUAGCACUCGCGUUAUCCCGCCUCCCUCCCCCAUCAUAA